AUGGUCAAAAAGACCGACGUGCCCACGUUGGCAACGCUGGAUUCCCUCCACGAGUCGCUGUCUCAAUGGUGGUCCAACGUCCCCGACAGCCUCAAGCUGCCCCUGGAGCUGCCCCUGGAGCUGCCCCUUGCUGGUGAGACCAGAACGCAAGAUGUAGACAGGGACGCGCCUUCAUCAAAACCCCAGCAGUCGCCACUCCCUCUGCGGCUUCUCCUGUGCGUCAUGUACCACCAGAGCAUUUGUAUCCUGCACUCGUCAAUUGUGCCGUUGUUCUCGUACCGGUCCGGCAGUAGUGCUACCACCGCCGCAUCGUCGUCGCAUUCGCACCUGUCGUUGUAUUCGCGCCACGUCUCGGCGCAGCUCGCCUUUGAGCACGCGCAGGCCGUGUCGCAGCUGAUUCAACUCUCGCAGCGCCACUACAACAUCGACCCCGACCGCAUCCCAGGCUUCGUUAGUUUUGCGGCCUACUCGGCCUGCGCUGUGCAGAUCCCCUUUUUUUGGUGCUCGAACCAGGACGUGCAGACCCGCGCACGCUCCAAUGUCCUUGUGAACCUGCGCAUGAUUCAGCAGAUGGGCAAGCACUGGAAGUAUGUCUCUCUGCUCGGCAUCAACUCGUGGACGCUGUACAAGACCCUCUCGCGUAAACCGCCUCGCCUCAACGACGAGCCCAAGUUCAUGGACCCGUCCAUGCUGGACGUAAGCUGGAACGGCACCGACCGCGCGGCCAAGUCCAUCAUGAGCUACAGCGAGAUCAUCUGGCAGUCGACAGGCAGCUAUGUCGAACGCACCGAUGCCGAGAUCACCGACCUGGGGCUCAGUAGCCGCAGCAGGCCCUCAUUUGUUAUCAACUAUGCUAACUGGUCGCUGCACCAAAAAACAGGUGCUGUAUCAUCUCUCAUAGACGAGCUGUCAAAUUCUACCGUGACCACCGUUGCGAGCACCUUUGGCGGCCCGGACGGCUAUGGAGGCAACGGCGGCGGCAACGGUGGCAUGAAAGCAGCUGGACUUGAUCUAUCGCCUCCCCGAUUUGAUACUAGCCUCGAGUUUUUCAUGCCAUCUAGCCCCAACGAUGGCUUUGACUUUGUCCAGGCGCAGAAUGGCAUGAUCUCGUCGCAGCAGCUGGCGUCGUUCAACACGUGGCUUCAGCAGAUCGAGUCCGAAAUGCUCUUCCGUAGUCCUCCCAUGUAA